AACCAACAAAUACAAAUCCUCUCUCUAGUUUUUUCCCUAACCCCUCUCCAAUCUCCAUCUUCAAUCUACUCUCUCUGAGCUGAAUCGACUUUCUCUCUCACUCGCCAUCACGCCACCACGGUCACAGUCUUCUUCUCAGGCCCUCACACUGCCGGCGCCGACCCUAAUUGCUUCCCCUCACCCACUGGAACGACCUCCAACGCUCUCUCUCUCACGCAGAGCGAAUAACCACUUACCUAUUUACCAAAAACCCACCAAAGAAUAAUCACGAAAAGCCAUAGCUACUGCCCUGAACUUACCUUUAACGAUUCUCGCUACUCAAGAUAGCCGCCGCUUCUCUCCACUUCCAACUUCGAUAAGUCUCUCUCUUUAGUUUGAUCUUCGCUGUCGCUGUUAUUGAGGGUGUAGCCGUGUAUGAAGCUGAGGUUGAUCAUCUUCAAAUAAUGUGUGGGUAUUGAAUUUAUUGCAUUAUCGGCUUGACUUUUGAAUUUGAAUGGAAUAUUCUGGUGGUUACUUGUUGGGAGAAUUAGCCUUUGCCCCCAAAGUAUGCAUGUUAUUGUCUCAGCACAGACGGUGUUUUACAAUGAAUUUUCAUUGCUUCCAGAAGAGUUUCUCUUUUGCCUCAUCCCCUUUGGUGCCAUUACAGCUUCCAUCUCCAAUGGAAACCCAUUUUUGGUAUGUUUUACCUGAUGAAGUACGGAGUCAAAGCCUUAUGAAUAAAUACUUGGAGCUUUUAUCACCAUGUGAGAAAGAUAAUGUUGUGAGUAUGAGUGGGGAUCAACUCAGGAAAACGGCUGUGCUUGCUCGAGCUUUGGUUCGCACUACCAUUGCUAGAUAUACCAAUGCUCAUGUUAGUCCAGAAUCCUUGAAGUUCAGGAAGAACAGUUAUGGGAAGCCUGAGGUAGACUGGCAAAUUGCUGAUUGGCAGCCACCACCACUGCAUUUCAAUAUCUCGCACACUUCUUGUUUAAUAGCUUGUGGUGUAUCUGCAGAGAUGCCUAUUGGUAUUGAUGUUGAAGAGAAGAAACGGAAAUUAAAGAAUAAUGUCUUAGCUUUUGCUCGGAGAUACUUUUCUUCCCAUGAAUUGGACCAUUUGGCUGCUAUUACAGAUCUUGAAAUCCAGCGUCAGGAGUUUUUAAAGCUUUGGACUCUUAAGGAGGCAUAUGUUAAAGCCUUGGGGAGGGGUUUCUCAGCUGCCCCAUUUAACACAUUUACCAUUCAAUUUAGGUCUCCUAUAACUAAAGAAAAAAGCAACCUUUUAAAGGUUUCCGAUAAUAAGGUACCUGAUAUUGCUGUUGAGCCUGUUGAUAAUCUCAGUACUCUAACAAGCAAUUGCCAGUUUGCACUUCUGGACUUGGCUAAUUCUCAUUAUGCUGCGAUUUGUAUGCAAACAGCUAAACACAUUGAAGGGAAUCCAAUGAAUGUGAUAGUAAGGAGAACAAUUCCACUUGUAGAAGAUGAAGAAAUCACUCAAUUGUAAUGAUUGGUGAAUUGACUUGAUUAUUUGGAUGAUCAUAUUCAUUAGACACAUGGUAGAGCAUCUCAAAUAAAUAUACUUAUUGCAAAGUUAUAAUAUAGCUUAGAGCACUUCACUUCUUUA